AUGUUGGCAAUCCGUGACGGCCCGAAGCGUCGGUACUCGUUAGUUUUGGGUGUGCGGUGGCAGUUAGGACGAGACGAGAGAUGGCAUGGUGGGGCGCUGGAGGGGUCCGGCAGCUGUGCAGGCCAGGUGGGCCGCCGUGGCGGUUGGCGGCGGCAGCUGUGCGGCCGCAGUUCGCAGUCGGCCGGCAUGCCCCGCGCGCUGCACUGCUCCGUGGCGCCAGCGCCCGCGCCAGCCCGCUACACGCGCUGUGCCACCGCCCCCGGACAAGGCGUCUCUGCCGCCCCCGUCGCCGCCCCCGCCGCCUCUUCGCUGCACGCCGCCUCCACAGCGUUGCUGCUCGCCGGGCUCGCUUCUGCCGCUCUCGCGCUUCAUCUCACGCUGCGCUCCGGCACUCGGCGCUACUUCCUGGACUGCUCGCUGGCGCAGGCGGCGGCCGCUCUUCUGGUAGGCGCGCGUGGCUGCUGCUGGCACGGGCUCGCCUCGGCGCACCGCACCUUCGUCACAGGUUACAUAGUGCUCAGCAUAUUCAGUUCACUGAAUGCUGUGUCACUGGGAGUGAUGCUGGUUCUUGACCUCCCUGCUGGCACUCCAUUUGCUGACAUGGUGGGAGGUGUAGUGUGUGGCUUUGCAGUGUUGGCACUUUCCUUCACAUUUAUUGGGGCAAUCAUAUCACAUUGCUGCCAAGUCACACCUCCAGACAAUAGAGUUCAGCAUGCAGUCACUGGCUUCUCUGUCUGACUGCCUAGAUUAAUGUAAGAAAUGUCUGAAGCAAAGUGCAUAGAAAUUUGUAUGAGCCCUCUGUAGUCGAAAUAACAGAUUAAGUAGGUCAUGAGGCAAACUUUUAACUUUGUUUGGAAAAUACUCAGAGGCUGCAUACACGUUUGGUAUGUACAGGUUUAUUUAUUUUUAUCCAGUUGUAAAAAUUAAAGAACACAUCUCAAAUGUGCACAUUUUGCAUAGUGCAGCUGUUAAAAAUUGUUGUUGCGAAUAUGAAUCAGCUGUGUGUUAGAGAAAACUAAUUACAUGAAAUAAAAUUCCUCUAAAUUGGAAAACUGUAGUGCACUUUUGAUAGGAAAUGUUUUACUCCUGUAUGUUUCAAUGAUGAAAUAAAGAAUCUGGCAGUUGUCAAAUUCCGACUUUUUCUGGUUUUAAAAUGUUAUCUAGUAAUCCCAGUUAUUUUACAUUAUGGUAUGAAGUUGUUGCUCAUAGUAUUCUUGUGGAAAAAUAUUAAACGCUCAGAAAAUUCUCAAAUUCAAAACUGAAAAUGUGCUUUCCAUCAGAUCUCAUCAGGCACUGCUUCUGGGAACUACGCAUCUGUCAUUCCAUAUGCUCCUCUUGUUUCUUCUGUAUUCUAAGUCAUUUAUUACUGAAACCUAUUACCAUGUUUAAAAUCCAUGCCAAUUUUACUACAGACACUUCAGUAGAUUGAUAACUUCUUAAAAUUGAAUUUUUCAUACUAUUUAUGAUAUUAAUUUAUGCAUAUGCUUCUUACUGCCUCUCCUGAUCACAGUUACUACAAACACACUAUUUUCCUCUUUGUAGUGUAUUUUCACAUACAAGAAGCCCUAGAGCUGUGUAAACUGGCCCUCUAUCAGGCAUUACUCCAUCAUAUCACUUUCCCUUAAUGUUACUAGUACUCUGAUUAAUGUCCAUUAUAUCAGUCAACACCUAUUCUUCCUGUAUGUUUGUAAUCUACAAUCUGCAGUUUUUUCCCCCGUUUUCUGUAUCAAGACUGAAUCUGUACAGUAAUUGUUAACACUUCAGUCUAUGUUACUAUCUUCAGCUGCCCAAUAUGUUUAAUAAGAGAGUUGUGGUCCAUAUUUUGUCAUUAUUUACUUAUCACCAGUUUUCGUAUUCCUUAUGGUUUGAGCCUGCUAACACAAGGAAAGCCAGUUUCAUCUACAUUCACCCUGAAAAUUGAACAUGAAUUUUACUACACACAGAGACUUAAAUUUUACCAGGCUGAUAAGUUUGGAGACCUCAUGUCUGUAUACUUCUUUAAAAUAUUUUUUUUACUUGUAUACAAACUAGCCCUUUUUUCAUCUUCUCACCCCUUCAUACUACUAGUCUGAGGCAUUAUUUGUCACACUAACUUUAAUGUCAAGAUUCCCCUCCCCAUUUUUCCUUUUCAGCAUCUACUGCAUUAUUUCCUGUAAUUACUGCAGCAAGUUGUUUCAGCCUUAACAUACAGUGGUUUGUAGCUGUGUAUUAUCUCAUAACCUGAACCAAAUAUCACCUGAAGGAAUUGCGAACCAUCUGCUGUAAUGGGAUGUUGCAUAGUUUUUAUUAUCUAUGUGAUACAUAUUGCUCACCAUAAGGUAAACACUUACCAGUUUCAGAGUUAAGGGAUUGUCAAUAUAGAUGAAGUCAACUGUUAUCUAUAUUGUUUAAAAAUCAAUUAAUUUAACCAUCAAUCUUCAGAAUUAUUUAAAAAUUUUAAAACUUUAAUACAACCCAAAUAUUAGUUACUCAAUGUAAAAUAUAAUAAAAUGUUAUUUGACCACUUUAAUUACCCCAAAGUAUCCAAAAUAUGUGAGUGCUCAACAGUUUACUUUCACUGCAAAAAUUGAAUGACCUUUUUCUUGUAAUAAUGCUCUAAACACAAAGUUAAUGAUGUAGAAUGUUAUGCCAUUGUAAUUGUCAUGAUUCACAUAAUUAAACUAAAAAUAAAGUAUGUGAUGUUACAUAUCAUUUGUAAUUAUAAUAUUCUCUUGAAAGCUUACGUAUUUUUGUGUGUUGUACCCUAAAUAAACAAAUCAGUAUAACUGACAUGUCUCAAAGUUCAUUGAAAAUCGAUGACUGCAGUAUUCUUUGAAACUAUAAAUGAAAUAAAAUUAUGAACUUUUUCUUAAUUUAGUCCUUUCACAUUUACAUUUGCUGAUCCACUGGUAAAAGAACUCAUUUACUUGAAAAUAUUUAAUUUGUGGAGUUUGGUCAGAACAGAGCAUGCUUUGAGAGACCAUUUUAUUUGAUUUUUAAUAAGGAAGACUUCAUAAAGUGAAACGCUUUAUAAACAAGAAAGCAGCAUUUUUUCCCUACCUGAUUAACGCCAAAUAUAUAUCUGCAGUUUCGUUACAAGCCUGCAGAACAGGAAGAUAUCCUUUACUACAGGGGUUAGAGAUAAAGUUUUACAGAAAACCCAUGCCAUAAACUUGUCAUUGAAUUGAAAUGUACAAAUCUUUUCAAUAAUUAUUAAAAUUCAUAUGUUCAUUCUCCACAUUACACAUUUUUCAAAAGAUAGUUAGCGUACUCAUCUUUGUACAGGAGCUUUCUUCAGGGUUUAUAAUGUGUAAAAUAAUUAGAUGGAAAAGAUGAAAGACAAAUAACAGUAUAGUACAAAGACGUAUUCCUUUGGUGAUUUAUUCUCUGAUUCAGAAAGAAUUGAUUUAUGCUUAAUUUUAAUUUUUUAAUUAUAAAGUAACUAUAAUUCAUUUAAAAUGACAAAAAUUAUCUCUCCUUAAAUGACACUUCUGGAAUAUAUACUUGUGAUUAAUGAAUCACUUGCACUCAUUUGAAGAUUUGUUUUAAUCAGUUUUUUGCCCUUUGGGACUGACAGUUUUGAAAUGCAAGUAUUUAACUUGUCAUACAUGUUUAUAUAUGAAAGUGUGCAGUUAUGGACUAAUUAGAUCAUUUUGCUUUUGUUAAUGUAGCAGCAAUAAAUUUGUAAAAAUCAUUUACAAUUUCAGUAUAUGCUUGCAGAUAUAAGGAACCUUAUAGAUUUAGUUAUUAUGUUCCAGUUUAUGGAAAUGAAAUGUAUCAAUAAAAUUGCAGGGGCAGCAAAAACGCCAAAUUUGUGGUGUAGAGUGGGACAAUAAUUUAUAUCACAAAUCAGAGUAACUUUAUUGCUGGAAGUGUGUGUUUUGAGUUCCAUAUGAGAUGAUGUGUGUGCCAAAUAUUUAGUUAUAAAUCACUCAUGCAGUGUGUCUGAUGUCCCAUGAAUUAUAAAGAAAGAGAGAUAUUAUCAUGGAUGUAAUGUAAUCAUGUACUUAUGUACUCAGUAACACUGAUCUGUCUACAUACAUGUGAAAACUAGAUGUUUAUUGUAAAAUAUGAUAUAAAAGUUUUUGUUUGUUCUAAGUCACUGUUAAUAAGAAAGUUUAUGUAACAAUUAUAUAUUAGAAAACAUGUGAGUGAAAUAAAAUUAAACUCAG